AUGGCCCUCGCACUUCAAGCUUACACGUUUCUGCAGCAAUACACAGAAGCCUGGCUACACCCAGCUCCGAAGAAGACUUCGAACCCUCUUCGUCUCGGUGUCCUUUCUUCUGCCCAGAUCAAUGCCGCAGCAGUGAUCCACCCCGUCGAGACUCAUGAAGAUGUAAUACUCUACGCCAUUGCUUCCCGAGAUGCUUCCACGGCGCGGCUCCAGGCGAAGAAGUACUCCUUCCAGAAGUCAUACGGUGACUACCAAUCCCUUCUCGACGAUCCGUUGGUAGACUUUGUCUACAUCUCUACCCCAAACGGAUUGCACUACGAAUGGGCCUACAAAGCUCUUCAGGCUGGAAAGCACGUCCUCCUUGAGAAGCCUUUCACCUCCAACGCCGAGGAAGCCCAGAAGCUGGUAGAGUUCUCCCAAAAGAGCGGAAAGAUCUUGAUGGAAGCCUUCCACUGGCAGUUUCACCCCGCUGCCCAUCAUUUCCGUCAGACCCUUGAUUCGGGGGAGCAUGGAAAGAUCAUCCGUACGAAUGCGCGGAUGACUGCAUCGCCUGCGGUCCCAGCGGGUGAUAUCAGGUGGCAGUAUGAUCUCGCUGGUGGUAGUUUGAUGGAUAUGACUUAUGCUAUGUCGUUCACACGGUUCGCGUUGAAGGCGCAUACGCCGAAGGAGGUGUUGAGUGCCCAUGCUCGCACGGCCGAUCACGACUCCAAGGUCGACGCGGCCAUGACCGCCGACUUGUUAUUCGAGAGUGGGUACGGAUAUGAUGUCGUCUCCAAAAUCUACACCGACAUGGCCCGUUCGAGCCUUCUGAGUGUUAUACCCCGUUUGUGGGAGUUGCCGUCCAUCGAGGUGGAGACCGAGAAAUCCAAAAUCUAUUUCUACAACGCCAUGAUGCCGCAUAUUUACCACUAUAUCUCUGUCACGGAUAAAGCCACCGAGAAAACCGAGUAUCACAAGUACUUCACCGGUGGGCCGCAGUGGAGCAAGACUGGGCGGGCGACGCAGCCGUAUUGGUCGACGUACAGGUACCAGCUCGAGGCGUUUGUGGAUAAGUUGAGGGGAAGGGAGCCGGCGCACUGGGUUACGGGGGAGGAGAGUAUCGAUGAGAUGAAAUCGAUCGAUAGUGUUUAUGUGAGGAGUGGGUUACCGCUUCGGCCGACUUCGGCGCUGGCCAAGUGA